AUGUCAUUUGGCGUUUGGCUGUGUGCACUUGGUUUGGUGUGUUUUGGUGUCCGUAGACUACUACGUCUGCGACCCGGUCACCUUCCCUUCCCACCUGGGCCUCCUGCGCCUAUACCAUGGAUAAAACAUGCAUUCCAGAUACCGUCCAAUCACCAAUGGCUAACAUUCAGUGAUUGGCACAAAAUCUAUGGCGAUGUUAUUUCUGUAAAAGCAUUCGGACAGCACAUUGUGGUCCUGGGUUCGCUCAAGGCCUGUACCGACCUUUGUGAGAAACGCUCCUCUGUAUACUCGGAUCGGCCCGAUCUGCCAAUGCUCAAGGAGUUGAUGGGCUGGGGAUGGCUCAUCGGAUUCAUGGGCUACGGAGCGGAAUGGCGAACUCAAAGAAGAGCCUUUCAUCAAGUGCUGAACUCCAGAGAAUCCGCUAGCUAUCAACCAAUACAAGUCCGAGAAGCGCGCAAACUCUUGAAGCGACUUUUGGUCAGUCCUGAGCGGUUCUAUCACCAUGUCAGACACGAACUCGGAGCUAUCAUCAUGGACGUCGCGUACGGAAUUAAGAUUGCCGAAGACAAUGACCCCUACAUAGAACUAGGAGAAGCUGCAGUAUCGACUGUUGUUCUUGGUGGUGAUCCUACCGUGUACUUCGUUAACACGUUCCCGUGGCUCAAAUACAUCCCCUCGUGGUUUCCCGGCGCAAGAUUCAAGCAAGAUGCGGCAAAAUGGAAAUUGAUAGGCCAAGACUUCAAGAACGUCCCGUUUAAUCAUGCAAAAGACGCGAUGAAGAGUGGAACUGCAUCCCCUUCCUUUGUCAGCACACUGCUAGACAAAUUCUCAAAUGCAUGGGAUACCACAGCUACAGACUCCGAAAAAGAGGACAUUGUAUCGAGUAUCGCUGCCGGGGCAUACCUCGCUGGGGCGGAUACAACAGUAUCCUCGUUGCAAACACUGUUCCUCGUCAUGGCGAACCACCCUGACAUACAGAAACGGGCCCAGGAGGAGCUUGAUAAUGUCGUCGGUAAUGAGAGGCUUCCCGAUUUCGAUGACCAGGACAAGCUUCCCUAUGUUACUGCCGUAUGCAAGGAGCUGCUUCGAUGGCAGCCAAUUGUACCUCUUGGGCUUCCUCAUGCAGCCUCGGAGGACGACGAAUACAAUGGUUAUUUCAUACCGAAGGGCAGCAUUGUCAUCGGCAAUAUAUGGGCAAUCCUACAGGAUCCCAGUCAUUAUCCAAAGCCAGAGUCAUUCAACCCCGACCGUUUCAUGAAGGAUGGACAGAUCGAUCCCGACGUUUUAGACCCUGCUUUGGCAGCCUUUGGUUUUGGUCGGAGAAUAUGCCCCGGACGGUGGAUGAGCUCGCAAGCACUGUUCAUUACAGUCGCUUCUGUUCUCGCCGCAUACAAUAUUGCGCCGCCGCUCGAUGACAAUGGACAGCCCGUCUACCUGGUUCCGAACAUGCUGAGCGGACUGGUGUCCUACCCAGCGCCUUUCAAAUGCGUGAUCACUCCACGGUCCGAAGCUGCGCAGCGAUUUGUUCAGGAAGAUGCAAUGAUCGUCAGUACAUCAAGUUGA